GUUUCUCCCAGUUCUACCGUUAUUCACGACCGCACACCGAAACUAAUAAAGGCCCUAAACCCAACGAAAUGUCUCUAGUCACGAUUAGAAAUGUCGAGUUCCUGAACAAUCCCGCCAGAUUCUCAGAUACAUACCGCUUCCGCGUCACAUUUGAGUGUAUAGCGCCGCUACAAGAUGAUCUCGAAUGGAAACUCAUCUACGUGUCAUGUCCCGGCCAGGAAGAGCUAGAUCAGGAACUCGACGACUGUCUCGUUGGCCCAGUCCCAGUGGGCGUCAACUCGUUCGAAUUCGAAGGCUCUGCUCCCGAUCCAUCCAAAAUCCCACCAGAAGACGUCCUGGGAGUGGCAGCCCUCAUUCUCACAGGAUCCUACAAAGACCAGGAAUUCGUGCGCGUCGGGUACUACCAGAACACCGAAUACGAUAACGAGGAGAUGAAGGAGAACCCACCACCCAAGAUCCUAUUUGAGAGGCUGGUCAGGGAUAUCAGUACCAAACCCCGUGUGACGCGUUUCCAGAUUAAAUGGGAUACUGCUGUCAAGGUGGCUGCAGGCGCCGCUGCCUCUGCGCCUGUACCCUCGGCGGACGAUCUUGACACCAAGAUGGACGAAGAUCCUGCCCCAGUGAACGGUGCCUAGCCGUUUCCCGGCCCCUCUCUGCCAUGUACUUUUGCUAUGUGCUUUGGUUUCUUGCUUGUCUUGUAAUUUAUCUGCUAUCUGCUGUCCAUUAAUGCUCAACCCGUGUACCCUCUUAGGUUUGAAUGUGCAUGCCGCCGUCUUAACCC